AUGGAGAGGAUUGAGCUUGUAAAGAGUAUAGAAGCAAAUGCAGAAAGGAUUCUAGAGGACUUCACGGAAAUCCUGCAGUACCUGCGGUCUGAAGGAUCUGAUAGGUGUGACGAGGUCCAGAACCUGCUUUUUGCAACAAGGAGGAUGGUUGAUCUUAUUGACUCAGCUCUAGAAAUAUACCAUUAUCUCAUAAGACUUAAAUAUCUUACAGCUGAUACUCAGAGAUCGGAGACUGCAGAGAGUCGAGAUAGGGACAAGAUGCUUGAGGAGAUGUUUCGAGAACUGAAUAGUAACCUGGGUGUUUAG